UAUUGAGGAACCAGAGAUUUCCUGCCUCCUAUCACCAUGCAGUGGAAACUGUUGUGAAUAUGCUGAUGCCACACAUCACUCAGAAAUUUCGAGAUAACCCUGAGGCAUCUAAGAAUGCAAAUCAUAGCCUCGCUGUCUUCAUCAAGAGAUGCUUCACCUUCAUGGACAGGGGCUUCGUCUUUAAGCAGAUCAACAACUACAUCAGCUGCUUUGCUCCUGGAGACCCCAAGACUCUCUUUGAAUACAAGUUUGAAUUUCUCCGGGUGGUGUGCAGUCAUGAACAUUAUAUUCCUUUGAACUUACCGAUGCCAUUUGGAAAAGGCAGGAUUCAAAGAUACCAAGAUCUCCAGCUUGACUACUCAUUAACAGAUGAGUUCUGCAGAAACCACUUCUUGGUGGGACUGUUACUGAGGGAAGUGGGCACCGCCCUCCAGGAAUUUCGGGAGGUCCGUGUGAUUGCCAUCAGUGUGCUCAAGAACCUGCUGAUAAAGCAUUCUUUUGAUGACAGAUACGCAUCUAGGAGUCAUCAGGCAAGGAUAGCCACUCUCUACCUGCCUCUGUUUGGGCUACUUAUUGAAAAUGUCCAGCGGAUCAACGUGAGGGAUGUGUCACCCUUCCCCGUGAACCCAGGCAGUACUGUGAAGGAUGAGCCCCUUGCUCUGCCAGCUGGGAAUGCACUUGUGACGCCACAGAAGGGAAGCACGCUGGACCACAGCCUGCACAAAGACCUCUUAGGUGCCAUCUCUGGCAUUGCUUCUCCAUAUACAACUUCAACUCCAAACAUCAACAGUGUGAGAAGUGCUGACUCAAGAGGGUCUCUUAUAAGCACAGAUUCUGGUAACGGCCUUCCAGAAAGAAAUAGUGAGAAGAGCAAUUCCCUGGAUAAGCACCAACAAAGUAGCACUUUGGGAAAUUCUGUGGUUCGCUGUGACAAACUUGACCAGUCUGAGAUUAAGAGCCUACUGAUGUGUUUCCUCUACAUCUUAAAGAGCAUGUCUGAUGAUGCUCUGUUUACAUACUGGAACAAGGCUUCAACAUCUGAACUUAUGGAUUUUUUUACAAUAUCUGAGUGAGUAGUUUUGUCUUUGCUCAUU